UUGUCAUAACCAAGAAAUAAUAAAACAUUCUAAAAUAAGUAGUAACAUUGUGUGGAAAUACUGUGAUUCUUCAGUGUUUUCGCUUUUAUUCAUCAAGAUAAAUGUUUUCUGGAUGCUUGAUAUUAAUUUUAUGUAACUAUAUCACAACAUAACAUGGCAAAAACCCAAAGGAAUAUGAAAUAUUACAUAAAAUGUAGCACAUUAAUCUUCACCAGGUGAAAUAAGAUAGUAAAGAUGUAAUUUUGUAUAAGUAGUAUGUGUUAAUUUUACCAGAUACGUAAAGGAAACGUUAAGACUGCAUGAAAAAAGAAAGGUAGAUUUGACGUCCUAAAAAAGACAAAUAAACAAAGUAGAUAUAUUUUUUAAAAAAAGAACUUAAAAUGGCUGCCCAAGAAGAUAAAAAGAAAUUCUAUUGCCGGGAAUGGGCCUUUCAAAAAUUGGCCCACUGCUUAGACCAACGGCCAGUUUCAAAAACAUGUGGGGCUCUUUUACUGGGUGGAUCGGGAUGUGGCAAAACCACGUUUUGCUCGGAGCUGUGCUGGCCGUCGCAAGGUCCAGCUAGCAGGCAACAGAGGGCCCUAAAUAGACGUUUACUUUGUUAUCAUUUCUUGCAAGGCCAUAACGAGAAGAGUUUGUCUUUGAGUGAGUUUGUCAGGUCACUUGUAACUCAGAUUUUAAAUCAUUCCACUGAAAGUCACAAGGAACGGAGCAUGAGGAGGAGGUUAGCCCAGGAAUCUCAGAAGGCUGGUGAGGCAGGUAAAUGCCUCAGUCCUAAAUUGGUUAAAAAUAUUUCCUACGAGCAGAACCUCUCCGAAAACUGUAAUUUGCCUCAAGAAAGUUUGUACAGUAACGUAUACUCCGACAACCUACUUUCACCAACGCUUGAGUCGAAGAAGAAUAGUGAGACACCACCUAUACCUAGUUUGCCUGUGAAUCCACGUACUAUCAUAGCUGACGCUUAUCUGGAGAAGCUAAAAUCGGACCCGGAGAUACAAAUCGCCUUGAGAGCCAAAAACAUUGAAAUGAAUCCCGACGACUGCCUUAAAAGAGCCCUGUUGUUCCCUCUGCUCGAAAUAGACCCUCCAAAAACUUCCCUGUUUAUACUGAUAGAUUCCAUCGACGAAUAUUCCUUUGUUUACUCUAAUUCAACGUUAACUAGAUCUAAGCCAAGAGAGAGAAGCUCACAGAGCAAAACAAUUGCUGAACUGUUGGCCAAUCACCAUCAUUUAUUCCCCCAAUGGUUGCUGUUAGUGUGCACCGCCAGGAAACAAUCGAAGAGCAUAGCGAAGAUGUUCACUGGAUUUAGAAAGCUGAGCUUAGACGACUUGAGGAAGUCGCAAGUAGUGCGCGAUGUGCAGCAAUAUAUCCUAGCAAGGUUAGACCAAGAGAACAGUUUGCGGCAGCACAUAAGCAGGGAUACCGCUGAAAUGUUGAAUCAGCUGCAUAUUAAGAGUAACGGCUGCUUUCUAUACUUGGAAAAGGUGUUGGACGGUGUGUCUGAUAAUUUUAUCGUGCUUAGGGAGGUUAGGGAGAUACCCGGCACUUUGAACGGCCUGUAUCUGUGGUUGUGCCAACGCCUGUUCAACCGGAGGCAAUUCGCGAAAGUCCAGCCCUUGUUGAACGUCAUCCUAGCCGCAAAAUGUGCUUUAAGUGAGACUUUGCUGUAUGACAUAAUAAAAGUGUACAACCCGAAGAUGAACCACGAGGAUUUCAAGAAGAGGUACCACUUGCUGAGGAGGGUUAUAAUAGUGUCAAAAAGCGGAGCUAUUCGGUUGUUCCACCACUCGUUUGCCGAGUGGUUAUUAGAUAUUAAGCAUUGCACCCAGAAAUAUUUGUGUAAUAUCUACCACGGCCACUGUAUCCUGGCUAUGUAUUACACGCUGCACGCAAAGUUGUUGAAUAAUCAGGAAAUUUACGAUUACGCUUUCCACCUCACCAGGAUGGAGCAAUACCUAAAUGAAAAACCUUCGCAGAAGUGCUCCUCGCUCAUGUACAAAUUGUCGCAGGAGAAAAACAACUGUUUGUCGCUUGGGGAGAACAGUCUGGAGAAAACGUCGACUGAAAUUUACUCCGACUUGAAGGCGCUGCAAGAACUAACGAAGAACUACGAAAAAGAACUCAGUUACGAAAUGGACAACUUGGAAACAAGUUUUGUGGAAACGGAAACUAGCCAAAACAACUUGGACGAGUGUCAAUUCAAUAUAGACCUAGGGCUGGGCAAGAUGGAGUCGAAAUUCGAGAGCAUAAACUUAAAGAGUCCCGUAUCUGAUAAGAAUCCGAUAUACGCGGAGAUAAAUAAGAUUCGGAAAGGCAAACACUCCAAGAACAUCGACAUGGCUCAAAGCAUAGAGAACAAUGCUCUGCAGAAUGACUUCAGUUCUUCCACUGCCAACAGCAAUACGCUCCAAGAGUCCGCAACGAAAAGUGUGAUAGACGUGCAUACGUUGACGGUGUUAUGGUUGAUUAACAGCGGCUGCAACGUCGAGGAGUGUCUUUUGGAAGGUAACGAAAUGGCCGGGGUUAAUUUUGGAGCGUUCUUACCAACGGAUCAGAAGGUGUUGAAGUUGCUGCUCGAGGCAGGGGCUGUCGAACAGGCUGAUAUCGAUGGCUGCGAAUACGAAAGUCAGAUGUCCCUGGCUAGUACCUCCAGCGAACCGAGCCCGGAACCUCUCUUUGGGGUGCACGAUCUGCACGGUCAGGCCGCUCUGCAUGUGGCCGCCAGACUUGGGCAGGCCCAAGUCGUAAAGGUACUUUUGGAAGCUGGCGCCAAUGCAGACCAAGCAGACGUAGAUGGAUGGACUCCACUACGCGCCGCGGCUUGGGGUGGACAUACAGAGGUGGUAGAGCUGCUAGUGCAACAUGGCUGUUCCCUCGACAGCGUCGACGCGGAGAACCGCACGGCCCUUCGGGCCGCCGCUUGGUCCGGGCACGAAGAGAUUGUUAAGAUUUUACUGCAAAACAGGGCGAACGUGAAUCUUACCGAUCACGAGGGUAGGACCGCCCUCAUCGCGGCGGCUUACAUGGGACAUUCGGAGAUCGUAGAACACUUGCUUAAUUACGGGGCGGAUAUCAACCACGCGGAUGCGGACGGCAGAACGGCCCUGUCGGUGGCGGCAUUGUGCGCACCGAGAACGCCGGGAGUUAGCGUCGUUUCGACACUUUUGGAAAGGGCGGCCACGGUCGACCACAAGGACAAGGAGGGCAUGACCCCGUUGUUGGUGGCUUCGUUCGAAGGACACAAGGACGUGUGCGAACUGCUCCUAGAAAACGAAGCGGAUGUAGAUCAUUGCGAUCACGGCGGAAGAAGUCCCUUGUGGGCGGCAGCUAGUAUGGGCCACGCUCCUGUCGUUGCAUUGCUACUCUUCUGGGGCUGUUGCAUAGACUCUAUGGAUUCGGAGGGAAGGACUGUAUUAUCGGUAGCCGCAGCACAAGGUUGCGUUGAAGUCGUACGGCAGCUAUUAGACCGAGGCUUAGACGAGCAGCAUCGUGACAAUUCCGGUUGGACGCCGCUACAUUACGCCGCUUUCGAAGGGCACCAGGACGUAUGCGAGGCCCUUUUGGAGGCAGGAGCGAGAGUUGAUGAGACUGAUAACGAAGGGAAGGCUCCCCUAGCGCUAGCCGCGCAGGGCGGCCACACCUCUUUAGUUAAUUUAUUUAUUGAAAAGUAUAAUGCUCCCGUGGAUCAGAGACCGCACGACGGAAAGACUGCUUUAAGGUUGGCAGCUUUGGAAGGCCACUACGACAUAAUCCAAAUCUUGGUGACGAACUCAGCCGAUAUCGACUCGAAAGAUGCCGACGGAAGAAGCACUCUGUACGUAUUGGCACUUGACAAUCGACUGGCAAUGGCGAAAUAUUUCCUACAACACGGCGCUGAUGUUGAAACCAGAGAUUUAGAGGGUCGAACGCCAUUACAUGUGUCUGCCUGGCAGGGACACACGGAAAUGGUAAACCUAUUAUUAACGUACGGUAAGGCGCAAGUGGACGCCUGCGACCUGGAAAAUAGGACGGCACUGCACUCGGCCAGUUGGCAGGGGCACAACGACAUCGUAAAGAUACUGCUUGAACAUGGUGCUCUGCCCGAUCAUACUUGCAACCAAGGAGCGACCGCUUUGGGUAUCGCCGCUCAAGAGGGACACGAAUUGUGCGUUGUCGCUCUGCUGGAACACGGCGCAGACCCCAACCAUUCGGACGCAUGCGGUCGGAAUGCUUUGAGGGUAGCCGCCAAGUCGGGGCACAGGGGGGUUGUUAGACUGUUGGAGGAAUAUAACGCCAGAUCCCACAAGGUGGCGCAUACUAGCAGCAGUGCAAAUUCCAUAACGUCAGCUUCCACGGCAGAAACCAAGCCGUCGUGCGCGAUACUGUACCCCGGAACGGGCGGCACCAGCGACUGGUCCGACCAGCAGCGCAGGUCUAUGGUUUCACUCGGCAAUCACAGUUCCAAUUCCAAAUCCAGUUCCAAUUUGACGGGUUCGAGUCAUUCCAGCCGGCACGGCGACCGGCAAAGAGAAACCACGCAGAAUACUCAACCUAUGUCCUUCACCCAACAACUCCAGCAGUGUUCGAGGGGCGGCAAAACCAGACCCUUAAGCAAACUGCUGUCUCCCUUGCAGAGCGAACCGCAAAGUCCGAUUUACGCUUCCCCACCUCUCAGUCCCGUUCACGAUGCACCAAAUAUGUUCGGUGCGAUGAACAUCUACCAGCCCGUCUUGAGACACAACAACUUCGCCAAGGCCCCCGACACUCACUUCGCCCGCGAUACGCAUAUGAGGAUAAUCCUGGGCAACUCCAGCAGUUCUCCUUUCGGCAAGGACAAGAAGUCCGACCAGUCCCAGGACAACGCAAAGUCUAAUAAUCAAAAAGCGAAACGGAACGGCAUAGUCACCAAUCCGGCGCUGAGGUUGGUCGCCAACGUGAAGAACGGACUCGACACGGCAGCGGCAAACCUGAGGAAGUCUGCGUCCGGAGCGAACCCGGCUUCGAAAACUAACAGUUUUCAUUGGAGGAAAGAAACGCCAUUAUAAGUACGAUGGAGACUUUUCGCAAAAUCUACUAGUCAAUAUUACGGUUUUAAACUGAACUCGAGAAGGAAACUUGCUAACAACACUCACCUAGUCUUAAAUAUAUCAAAGAAAUAAUUAAUAGACUUUAUUUUAUCAUUUAUACUUUCUGUGGUUUGAUAUUUUCAGCUCUGGACCUUGAGUAUAUAGAAAAAAAAAGGGAUAUUAUUAACGCACGCAAUCACCCGCCUGUUUCGGACAGUUUAGGCAUUAUAGUCCGUUUAGGUAUAAAGGAAUAAAUACGGGGUGUAACUUUGAAUAGGGGUCAUAUCUAUGAGGAGGCUGCCUUUGGCCUUUAGAAACACAUAUCAUAAAUUUGUUCUCAAAUUCGGUCCUGAAAACUGAAUUUUUCUUGUUUUUUAAGAAAUUUAACAAUGAAGACACACAAACACUGAACUGAGAAACGUACGUCAUGCAGAAAGUCACAAAGUUAUCUAACAUCCACCAUCUGGCUAUUAUAGUCUUUCCGAAGUCAGUUGAACAU